GCAGCCCCUCCACCUGCCACCCAUCAGCAGGGCCUCACCUUAAAGAGUGCCGUAAAGCAGCGCCAGCCCAUCAUUGUUCUACACGACGCUCUGGUGAGACUUACAAAACUCUCUUGGUGACCUGGACAAUGCAAGACUUCCUGCUGAUACUACUCCUGCAGGUGUUACUCGUGACUCAGGGUGAGGGUACGCGGGGUGCUGUGAAGAGGGUGUUAGUGAGAAGUAAUGUGGAGCACCGAUACGCCGUCACCUCCUUCGUCGCCACCCUCAGGAACCCUCGACCAAGUCCUGAGCAACUCACCCUCACUGUCAUUCUGCCCAGUGACGCCUUCGUCUCAUCUCUCACCAUAGAGACGGGUGGCAGGAACUACACGACUGAGGUGACGGAGCGGAAGCGAGACGGGCGUAGACGACCCCACAGUGAGGAUCCUCACACCCCGCGCAGGACGAGGAUAAAACAAACACAACGAUUCAGAACCUCCACGUGGACUGAGCCUCUGGACACUGCCACCUUCUACCUCUCCUACGAGCAGCUCCUACAGCGUAUUGACGGCCACUACACCCACACCCUCUACCUUCUACCGCACAGUGAGGAGGCGAGGCAGGAUGUACAGGUGACCAUUAAAGAAAGUGAACCAAUUAACUCCUUCAACCUCCUACAGCGACCUGACCAUCGAUACUCCGGUCAUGUACAAGAGGAGGUGUUAGGUAUUGGCGAGGUACGUGUGAGGUACUGGCAAGGGAUGAACCACUCCAGUGACAACAGUAUUGACACCACCGUUGACACCAGCAUCAUCCCUCUCAGCAGAAGCAGUAUUACCAACACCACCAACAACAGUAAGGACGGAGAAGGAAAUGCCCUGUCUAUUAGUUAUGACGUGGGCAGGACAGUCGACGGGGGAGAGAUACAGCUGCUGGGGAGGUUCUUCGUCCACUACUUCUGUCCCGAGGGGCUACCCAAGCUGCCCACACACACCGUCUUCGCCCUCGAUGUGUCGGGAUCCAUGCAAGACUUCGGCAAACUGGACCAGCUGAAGAUAGCCAUGGAGGCCAUCCUGAGGGGACUUCCUCCUGAGGACUCCUUCGAGGUGUUGGUGUUUUCGACGCGGGUGACCUCGCUGGGGGUGUACCGUGCUCGACCCCGGGAGGUGGCGCGAGGAGUGUCCAGGAUCCACCGCCUCCAGGCACUAGGAGGCACCAACAUCAAUGAGGCCCUCCUUCAGGCAGUUCUUGGUGCCAACACCCACAACACCACCCACACCGCAGCUAAACAGGUGGUGUUCUUGACGGACGGGAAGCCUAACAUGGGAGAGACCAAGACAGAGAGCUUGAGGAGGAACGUGCGGGAGGCCAACAUACACCAGCUGCCUAUCUUCUCCCUCGCGUUCGGCCAAGACGCUGACCUCAGGUUACUGCGGCAGGUGAGUGCAGACAACAAAGGUUUCACGAGGACGAUAGACGACAAGGAGCGCCCCGCCGACCAGUUGCAGGACUUCUACAAGCAGAUCUCCUCGCCGCUCAUGACGGACGUGGACAUAGUCUAUCCCGAGGACGAGGUCGAUCCCAACUCCGUGGUCAGGCAGGACAUCACCUCCACCUACUACUCCGGGGACGAGGUGGUGGUAGCGGGGCAGUUGGCGGAGGGAGCGACGGAGGUUCAUCCCAUUGUGGCGGGGCAGGGCAAGAGCGGCCCCUUACAGUUCCGGGUGUCGAGGAUCGGCACCCCCGAGCCCCCCACCCUUACCGCUGACCCGCAGAGGAACAACUACGUGGAGAGACUCUGGGCUUAUCUCACUGUUCAGGACCUGUUAGCUGUGCAGGAGAUCAUCAUGGACAGGAACCUUCGAGGAGAGAUGCGGGCCAGAGCCAAGGAGAUAGCCAUCAGGUUCAAGUUCGUGACGAAGUUGACCACUCUGAACGUGGUGAACGCGGAGGACCUCCCUGAAGGGGCGCCCCCCGGCCUCAAGUCCGCGGCACGACACCAGAAGUCCAACACGGAGGAGGUGCUGGCCUCACAGAUACACGAGGGCCUCACCCUCCUCAGCCCCUCCGAGUUUGCCAAGACCCUCCCAGCCCCCCACAGCGCCAAGAUAAAGGCUCUAGACAGCAACAACAACUUAUACGGUGAUAGCGACCCACACUUCGUGGUUCAGGUCCCCGGGAUGGACCUCCCCUUAUGCUUCGACAUCCACGGUACACCUGGCGACGUCCUCAGCCUCGUCCGAGACCCUCAGUCAGGUAUAGUGGUGAACGGUGAGGUAGAAGAGGCAGUGAUGAGAGAAGGAGCCACCUACUUCACCAAGAUAUUUAUUUCACUCGGCUCCGUAAACUUCACCAUCACACCUAAACGCAUCAAGGUAGACUGCCUUGAUGACGCCGGUCAACCCACGGUGGAGAGUGUGUCCACGUCACUGUGGCCCUUCAAGAAAAUGAACCCUAGGAGGCGUAGAGGCCGGCGAGGUAAGAAACCCCGAGGCAAGAAGAAGUAUCACAGGCGUUCUGGGGUCAGGCAGCAGCGGGCCAAUGAUCAGACGCAACACCCGCGACGCAGCUCACGCCAGGCGCUAUCUUCUACGCCACACAAGACCAGAUUCCUGAAGGUCCUAGAGACUCGUUUAAGGAAGAGGAAACGCAACAAGAGACGAGGCCGUGUCAACUCAACCAGAACCAGAUAUCAGCAACACACAAGUAAUGAUCAAAUCCAUCCACAUUCCCUCAGACGCUUCACAAAUCCUCAUUCUCAAACGUCGCUAAGAGACAGGCGACGCUCCCAAGAACCUACCGGCAUCCAGGCGCACCCACGUCGCACCACGAACAACAUACACCCUCAGGCUUUUAGAAAUCAAAUCCAUACGCUUACGCCUAAGAAAACGUUACACCCACAGGAUGCCAGGAGCCGAAUUCAACGAGGCGAUGGUGACAAUAACCAAUAUCAAGCUGCAACUACAUUGUUACGCACAGCCAGACACACCCCCUAUUCACCCAUUGACAACCCGUCGCCUCUCAGAUAUCCACGCAGGUAUCAUCCACAAUCACAUAACUUCAUCCAUCCUCAAUCACAUGCUUUCUCUCCCCCAAAAGCUCCAGAGAGAACGAUGUCGCAACCGAAAGACACAAACAGGGCGUUCAACACCCAAGAUAGUACCCAGACGAUCCAGCCUUCCAGGGACCAAUUUCAAUCACCCUCCAGACUGAUGAACUCGGCGACACAAGGAGAAAGUAACCGUCAGGCCAGAGGGGAACAACUGGUCCAGGAGUGCAAGAAGUCCUUAAGCUGGAAGAAGGCAGCGGGGAGAAGGUACGGGCAGGUGGUGGUAGCCCUGAGGAACCACCGGAAGCUGGACCUCCUGCUGGGGGACGUGGAGGCAAACUUACUGGUGGCGAGAACCAAGAACAAACACGGUCAACACUUCCUGGGUUUUUACCUGGAGAAUCAUAAAGUCCUCUCCCCUAACACCACCGGCAUAAUUGGACAGUUCGCCUACAAGACAGUGGGGAGGAUCGAUGCUGGCAACAACCAUAACAACACUCAGCCUCAGGAGAAAGUUAGACUGGCGGUGAUUCAGCCUGAUCAUCACCGGACGUACCAAGUGUCAGAAGUAAACGCUUUCCUCUCCAGCCGUUUCUCGCCGCUACACAAGACCCACGUCACCUGCCUCCACAUCCGCCAGCAAGGUCGUGGACUGGUGGCUGGCACCCCUGCUAACUACCUGCUACCCUGCCUCACCUGCUGACCUGCGCCUACACUCUCUCACCUGCUGACCUGUGUCUAUCCUCC